CGUUUACGCGUUUUAAUUGUUUUUCAAUAUUUGUUGAUUUGCAAAUAAUAAACUUUUGUAAUACAGAAAUUGCGCGUGUUUCGCUACCUAUACUCUAUACCUUACUUAACAGUUUUUCUCAUACAAAAAUUCGCAUUGUUCUGUGUUGGAGGAAAGAAGUUCAAUGGCCGAAGAAACUGAACAGCAGGAUGAUAAAAGCAAAGAAACUGUCAUAGAAAUACCUAAUGGAAAUUCGAUGAUAGCAGAAAAACCUGAAACAAAAAUAGCAAUAACCGAAGAAAACAGGCUGUCAAUAGAAGAACCCGAAAGUGACGAUCAAGGAGAUUUCAUAAGCAGAAUAGGAAAUCGAAUACGUAAAUGGAAAAACAAAAACAAAAAAUGGAUCAAAUAUGUGGCCAUGGCCAUAAUUUUUGUGUUGUACAACACUUAUUUAGGUUUCGCGAUCCAUUUAACUUGGAACGAUCCUCCCAAAUGGAACAGAGGGGUUCGCUCCUUGCUUCUCUUCACAAUUUUUGUGUAUUUUAUGAUUCUGUAUUACACCGUUCUUAAAAAAUACGUAAUUAAACCAGCACUUUACGGAUUCUACCACAUUAAAUGUGUAAAUAUUGUACUGAAUUGGAAAUACUUCCCAUGGUUAAUAUGGGCAUUAAUAGUAUUAGGGCUGACAAUAUUCCUUAUUAUUGAUUCAGCAAAUAAUCGUUAUCGUCUACUUUCCUUCUCCGGUUUGUUUGUUUUGAUUCUUUUCGGUUACUUAUUUUCGGCACAUAGAAAACACAUAAUAUGGAGGCAGACUCUAUGGGGAUGCCUUCUCCAGUUUAUCUUUGGAGUAAUGGUUUUGAGAUGGGACACUGGAAGAGAAAUUCUGGAAACUUUUGCAAAUAAAGUUGACGUCUUUCUGGGUUAUACCGAUUACGGUUCCAAGUUUGUCUUCGAUUAUCUGGCUACUGGUGAAUUAAAAGAUUUGCCGAAACAAAAUACUAUAUUUGCUUUUAAGGUGCUACCUGUAGUCCUGUUUUUCAGUUUCUUCACUUCUAUCUUGUAUUACUAUGGAAUUAUGCAGAUUUUGGUACUCAAAGUUGGAUGGUUUCUUCAUAAAACAAUUAAAACUACAGCUUGUGAAUCGGUGACGGCAGCCGCAAACAUUUUCUUAGGAUUGAUUGAAACACCUUUGCUAAUUAAACCAUUUAUUGGUUUUAUGACUAAAUCAGAAAUUCAUGCAGUUAUGACCGGUGGAUUUGCAACGAUAGCGGGAGGUGUUAUGGCAGCUUAUAUUAGUUUUGGUGUUAAUGCAACUCACUUGUUAUCAGCUUCGGUUAUGUCGGCUCCUGCGGCAUUGUCGUUCGCCAAGUUAUUUUAUCCAGAAACUGAAGAAACUAAAACUUCUAUCAAGCAUAUUAAAGUGGAAAAGGGAACCGAAAAAAACGUUCUUGAAGCUGCAGUUAAUGGUGUAACGUCAGCCGUUAAUAUAGUAGUAAACAUGGCUGUAAAUAUGAUUGCUUUCUUGGCAUUCGUUAAUUUUUUGGAUGGAACAAUAUCGUGGUUUGGUAGUUUACUCGGAUACGAAUACAUCACCUUUGAUUGGAUUGUUUCUAAAUGUUUCAUUCCUAUAUCAAUUAUAAUGGGAAUCGAAUGGAAAGAUGCAGAACAUGUAGCCAACUUAGUAGGAAUUAAAACUAUUGUUAACGAAUUUGUAGCAUACCAGAAGUUAGGAGAGUUAAAGAAGGCAAAUAAAAUAUCUAAACGAUCAGAAUACAUAGCAACGUAUGCCCUCUGCGGGUUUUCAAAUAUUAGCGCAAUAGGAAUACAAAUGGGUGCUCUAAUUGCCAUUGCACAAAAUAAGAAGUCCGAUAUUGCUACUGUUUCGGUUCGUGCUCUAAUUGCUGGUUCUUUUGCGUGUUUCAUGACAGCGUGUAUAGCUGGUUCACUCAUAUAAACUUAAUUGCUAAAUCACUUAUUUUAAUAAAAAAAAAUAAGGAUUUAAUCAAGACCUAUAAACGUUUCUGUGUUAUAUUAAAUGUGUUUGUAAAAUACUUUAAUGUCAGUUGAUUAAAAUAAUUUGACGGUUUUUUUGUGUGUUGUUG